AUGACCAACGAAAACAGUAUCGUCGACCUCGAGGCCGGAAAUCCUCCACCACAGGAGUCGGCAGACGAGACUAUCUUCGAUAUUGAGCAUUGUUCAGACUUGGACGAAGAGAAGCGUACUUCACCUGGUGGCUUGAUAGCAUGCUCUAUCUUCACCUGCACCGUUCUUUCAAUUAUCGCUGUCUUGGUUUGGGCAGUGGUCACCUCAAUCCCCAAAGCAGAUUCUGAGGGAUCUGUUGAGCCAGCUGCGGCUGCUAUGUACAAUGUCACCACAAACAUCUCCGAUUCGACCCCAAACAUGGUUGCGGGCGGAAUUGGAAAUAACUCUGCUACCAACUCCAUGUUGAGCUUUGCCGGAACUCGUCGGGGCCGCAGGGAGGGAGUUGAUGCCGAGGAGCAGGAGGAAGAGGGAGAACAGGUUGAGUGA